GUGGCCACGGUGCACCUCGGGCCCGGCCGCGGGGAGUAGGUGUGUGCUGAGGCGACGGUGGCUGCGGAGGGCCUGGCGCCCCUGCCGGGGGAAGGCGAGACGGCGGCCGCUCCCAGGCGAGCGCGCCCCUGGCCGCGGACCGCGCGCACAGCCCGCACACCCACGGCGCGGGCGAGCGAGACCUCGGCCCGGCACCAUGACUUCCAGUAAGAUCGAGAUGCCCGGCGAGGUGAAGGCUGACCCCGCCGCCCUCAUGGCGUCCCUGCACCUCUUGCCGUCGCCCACGCCUAACCUGGAAAUCAAGUACACCAAGAUUUUUAUUAAUAAUGAGUGGCAGAACUCAGAGAGUGGGAGAGUGUUGCCUGUCUACAAUCCAGCCACAGGAGAACAAGUGUGUGAAGUUCAAGAAGCAGACAAGGCAGAUAUAGACAAAGCAGUGCAGGCAGCCCGCCUGGCUUUCUCUCUUGGUUCAGUGUGGAGAAGGAUGGAUGCUUCAGAGAGAGGACAUCUGUUGGAUAAGCUUGCAGACUUGGUGGAACGAGACAGGGCAGUUCUUGCAACCAUGGAAUCCCUAAAUGGUGGCAAACCGUUCCUGCAAGCUUUUUAUGUGGACCUGCAGGGAGUCAUCAAAACCCUUCGGUAUUAUGCAGGCUGGGCUGAUAAAAUUCACGGGAUGACCAUUCCUGUAGAUGGAGACUAUUUUACCUUUACAAGACAUGAACCCAUUGGAGUGUGUGGACAGAUCAUCCCGUGGAACUUCCCCCUGCUGAUGUUUGCCUGGAAGAUUGCUCCAGCUCUGUGCUGUGGCAAUACAGUAGUCAUUAAACCAGCAGAACAAACACCACUCAGCGCGCUCUACAUGGGAGCCCUCAUCAAGGAGGCUGGCUUUCCACCAGGAGUCAUCAAUAUUUUGCCAGGAUACGGGCCAACGGCUGGGGCAGCAAUAGCUUCUCACAUUGGCAUAGACAAGAUUGCGUUCACAGGGUCUACUGAGGUUGGAAAACUUAUCCAAGAAGCAGCUGGAAAAAGUAAUUUGAAGAGAGUAACCCUGGAACUUGGAGGGAAAAGCCCCAAUAUUAUUUUUGCAGAUGCUGAUUUGGACUACGCCGUGGAGCAGGCUCACCAGGGUGUGUUCUUCAACCAAGGCCAGUGCUGCACCGCAGGGUCCCGCAUCUUCGUGGAGGAGCCCAUCUACGAGGAGUUUGUGAGAAGAAGUGUGGAGCGAGCCAAGAGGCGCAUAGUGGGGAGCCCCUUGGACCCCACCACUGAGCAGGGACCCCAGAUUGAUAAGAAACAGUACAACAAGAUCCUGGAACUCAUCCAGAGUGGUGUGGCCGAGGGAGCCAAGCUGGAAUGUGGAGGCAAAGGGCUGGGCCGAAAGGGGUUUUUCAUCGAGCCCACGGUGUUUUCCAACGUCACUGAUGACAUGCGGAUCGCCAAGGAGGAGAUCUUUGGCCCCGUUCAGGAAAUUCUGAGGUUUAAGACUAUGGAUGAAGUUAUUGAAAGAGCCAAUAAUUCAGACUUUGGACUCGUAGCGGCUGUCUUUACUAAUGACAUCAACAAGGCCCUCACAGUGUCUUCUGCAAUGCAAGCUGGGACUGUUUGGAUCAAUUGUUACAAUGCCUUAAAUGCCCAGAGCCCCUUUGGGGGAUUCAAGAUGUCUGGAAAUGGGAGAGAAAUGGGAGAAUUCGGCUUGCGAGAGUACUCCGAAGUGAAGACUGUGACGGUGAAGAUCCCCCAGAAGAACUCCUAAGAAAAGGCCAACGAGGAAGAUGAAGGCCAGCCUGCACGACUCCCUCUCUCUGCAUUCCCCGUGGGGCCUGGCUCUCAGGAAUCCAAAGCAGAUACUCAGUCCUUAUUUAAAGACUUAAAUGAUAACACGUAGGCCGGGCUGGGCACUGCAUAACUAAAGCAAGCCCGCUGGGCACGGUUUCUUGGCACUCUGCAAGGGAUCUCCUUGAUGAUACCAAAUAUUGGGGAAGGUGGGAUGAAGGUAAUCGGAGUAGCUAUUGGGCACAUCCAGUAUCUCCUUCUGGAGUAAGAGGUUGAAGAAGGGAGCUGCAUUAUCUGAUGCCUUUUGUCACAGGAACUUCCCUCAUGAGGAAAGUUAGCCUUUCCAGUGUCUUCCCUGUCUCCUUCCGGGCGCUCCCCACUCACCCACCCCUUCCUGUUCCUCCAAGGAGAUCUCAGCUGAGCUCAUUUGGGGCAGAUGUUUGGGCCUGGAACAAUUUUCCAAGGUUUUGCAGCCAAAUUACCAUUUCAUGUUAUCCAUUUCUUCAAAGCAAAACAAGAAAUGGUUUCAGUUAGAGCCAGACUGGACUGAAAAUGCUGGGAGCUGGCACACUGCAGAUGGGCUAGGAAAUAAGGGCUUGGGAUACUCCUGACGGAGCCUGGUUUUCUUACAUCCACGAACAGCAUGGCUGGAUAAAGAUCAGGAAGACGGCGCUCUGGAGGUCAUCACAGAGCUCACGGCUUUGGAGGGGGUGUGUACGUGGACUUCCUUCGUGACGGCUCUGGAAUAAGGCAGAGGGUGGGUGGUUUUUCAUAGAUUGGUAAGAUCUUUUCCAAAGUUUAUCUUUCAAAUCAACCAAAGAUGGAAUUGAGUAGGCUCAAGAAUUCAGAAAAAGGUGAAGUUGGGUGCCUUGCAGAAAUAAUUCCAUUUCCAGUACUGGCUGACAGUUCUGAGGUAGUGAAUGAUCUCUGAACUUGGAAUCCGCAGCAUCUGCCUCCCGCCCACACUGCACCGGCUCUGCUGCUCCCGGUGCCAUGGGUGUUACUUUGGCCUGUCCACGCCUGGAGUUUCCUUUUCCAUUUGCACAGAGUUCCAUUGUGCCAUAAUUGUCAUGCUCCUCAGAGCUCCUCUGUCACACCCAGUGGCUUGUCCUCCUGGACAAGCUUGCCUCUCAGCCUCCAGAGUGGGAGGCAUGAAGCAGCCCACCUCCCUGUCCUCCCCAGCCACACACACACCUCUUCUGCUUCCCGGUGACUCCACUGUGUGGUGCAGGCAGUGGCAGCUUCCUUUCCAUCUUCCCUCUUUCCAGCUGCCAGAUUCAAUCCAGCCUCUAACCUACAUAAAGAUCAUUUAUUUAAAAAUACCAAACAUAACCUAGACUAUAUGGAAUAUAGCCAACACAUAUAUAGCCUCUGUAUUUAAUGGUUUUCUGCUUUCUAACCAUACUGGUUUUCUAUUUAUAACCCUUGUCUAUCUGUGAUGUUUUAAAGAAAUCUCUUCUUGCUGUUAUUCACCAACAACAGUGCAUUCAGUGGCCCGAUCUAUGCCUUGAGAGAUGCCACAUUUCUGAGUUCUUCCAUGUGAAUGUCAUGCUCUCCUCUUAUAGUGAGUGCCCAACUGAACAUAUCCAUUAACCAGCUAGUUACCUUUAAACUGCAAUAUAGAAUGUGAAAAUGAAGAUUUAUUUCUUUUAAUUUACAUAAAAAGAAACCUCUGUGCUAGCAAUAAAGCAUUUAUAUUGUGUA